CUGAGCUCUUUUGUACAAUAGGUGGUGGCGCUUACAAAUGAGGACAUUUUGGGAGUCUUGAUACUUGCAGUAUCAUUAUGAGAGUGGGUGGACAGGGUGACCAGUGGGAAGCCAGCCUCAUCUACGUGGUCUCUGGUCAAUGUCCAGGAAUUAUGAAGUGUUUAUUGGCUCCACCCGACUUCACCGUUUUAAACACAGAGAAACCAGGAAAAAGCAGGGCAAGAGCUCGUUGACUCCCUGGCUUCAAUCAUCUGAUGACCUAGAUACCAGCAAGUGACCAGCUGGUGGAUCACUCUGAAGCUCAUCCUUUGCCCUUUUGUGGUCCUGUGCCUCAUGCCAGUUACCAUCAAAUCCCUGGGAAGGCUGGCCCAUGUUAUGAUGGUCUACUCUGGGUAGUGAGCUGAAUACCAGUCCUGCUCAAAGUCUCGUGAGAUUUUUGAACACACAUCAAGUCCUGAGGGCAGGCUUUGGGUGUUUCUAAGGGAAGUUCAGUGGGAAAUCUUCUUAUAUCUGAUCUGGAGGGCAGCUUUAGGCAGCAAUGCUUUGGAGGUCUCUGGCCCAGGCUUAAUAGUGGAGGUCAGUGCAGCCAGAGGGACACAGCUCCAUGGUGCAAGGGAGGCAGUGGGUCACUGAGGACCAGGAGAGACACUCGGGCUAUGACUCCAAGCUCUGCAGCUCAGCUCCCAUAUGACAAAGACUGUUUCUCCCACACAGCACAGAAGACCCACUAUGUCUGAGCACUCAGGUCCUUCUGCCUGGUUUGCUAAGGACAUGGGUUGGGGUUGAAGGUUACAGAGACCAAAACUGGCCUAAAGAGACCUUUGCAAGGAUCCGAGGUUGCACAGGGUGCCAUGUUCUCUCUGUUGUCUGUACAGCACUGCCACCCAAGGUCACCUUGUCAUGUGACAGUUCUAACCCAAUGGAGAGUGAGGAUAGUAGGCUUAAAGGGUGAAUAUGAGACUUAAAUAAACCUACGAGUAAAGGAUAAGAAGUCAAAACCUCUUAGCUGUGUAUUGAGGCUGUCUGAGGGCAACAGGACUAUCAUGACUCAGUAUACCAACUGACAUGGGACCCUAGGAUGUGAAACCUGGAACCUAGUGAGUGCCAACUCAAGUGACCUAAUCAAUCUGGAUAUUGCCUGUGACUAACUUCUGUCCCAUCCUUGCUACAGCUGCCUAAAUACAGAGGGCUGGAGCUAGGACACCCGAUCAUUCCUGGGUUCAUGACAGACCCACCACACAGAUAUCUAGGCAGACAAAGGCAUCCUGGCCUAGCCCAAGCACAUGCAGUCAGAUCCAGCAGUGAGCUAGAAUGAGGUGAAGGGACUUUUGCCAAGAGCGGCUCAGGAAGACACAGGAGACAUCUGGAACUCAGGCUCAGUGAACGCAUGAUUGCAGUGAGGUUGUUCUGUGUAUUGUGGUGCUGAUGGAUCAGGGCUCAUGCAUGCUACAUGAGUACUCUUCUACUAACCUACACCCCGGCUCUGGCUGGGACCUGCUUAACUGAGGUUAUAGCACAGAUACUGUAGCCUUUUAUAGACCAGGAUUUCACAUUCCAUUUGUUGACAUCACAUGUGGCUUCAUUCUGUUUGCUCCAGAUGGCCCAGAUGUCCUGGUUAUGUCUUCUCAGAUAUUCAUCUGCAUCCAGUGUUAAAUCUCAAUCUCUUCUGCCAUGCAGCCUUUCACCCACCUUCACACUAGUCUUGGAUUAUCAGCAGGAAACCCCAGUCAUGCUCCCAAGAACUGUUAAUUCCCACCCUCACUACUAAUAAAAGCAACUCCCAUAUCUUCUCGUCUGGAAUUCUGCCAUUGUCAUCGAUAUGUGAAGACAUGUACAGGUUUUGGUAACUGGGUCCCUGAGAUGUCAGCGCUGAACUUUGGGGUGAAGCCUUGGUUUUAUGAGUAGAUGCAGAAGUUAAUUCCCAGCCUGUGCACAUAGGAACAAGCAAAUCCCAAUCCUCUCAUGAGAUUCCAGCUCGGUCCCUUACUCCUCUCCUUUCAUUUCUGAUCUUCUGGGGUGACUUUGGAUUGGUCUUGGAAUGUGGUUGGGGAUAUUUUCCCGAGUAGUAGUACCUUCCCAGGGGGAGGGAUGUACUUAAGGUCAUCUAGGCUUUUCUUUUAGUCACUAAUUCAUGCUGUCCUAUCCUCACCAUUUUCUUUCAUGUUCUCCAUUCUUCAUGGCCCGGAAGACGUUGUUUUACUUACUGCUAAGAAUGUCAGUGAUGUUCACCUGAGCACCCCUGAGCUCAGGAUACAGAGAAUUUGGAAAAGUGAAACUCAAGGUAGAUGCCCCUGAGCUGCGUCCUGGCUCUGAGGGUCCGGCUUUUUAAGGAUGAGGACUCCAGCACAUGUGAUAUCUGCAGGGAAGAGAGAGGGACACUCACUUGGAGAAUGGGGGAGCUUCCUGUGGACUCUUUCUGUGGAUGAGAAAAAUUUAACUGUUUGAAACAGUGUCCUACUUAGCAGUCACUGUCACCUUGACACAGGUCAAAUUUAUCUGGGGAGAAGAGUCUCAACUGAAUAACCAUCCUUAUCAGGUCUGACUAUGGAUGUGUCUGUGAGGGACUGUCUUUUUUUUUUUUUUUUUUUCCGAGACAGGGUUUCUCUGUAUAGCCCUGGCUGUCCUGGAACUCACUCAGUAGACCAGGCUGGCCUCGAACUCAGAAAUCUGCCUGCCUCUGUGAGGGACUGUCUUAAUCGAUGAAGGAGGCCCAGGCCACUGUGGACAGCACCAUUCCUAGGCUGAUGGUCCUUGAACCUAUAGGUAAUAUAAGAAAACUAGCUAAGCAGAAGCCAGCGAGCUAGCUGCUAAAUGAGUCAGCCAUAAUCUUGUUUUCUGCCGUGAUAUUCUUCCAUGUGACAAAAUGAUCCAGACCCAGAAGGGAAAUAGACCUUUUAAUCUCUUCUAAAAUGCUGUUGCUCAGUGUGUUCUUUAUCACACCAAGAAAAAGAGAUGUAGAACAGUGUAUUGGGAAGAACAGAUGGCACAUCCAUUUGAAUUAAUGUUCGACGUACUCAAGAGCUGAUGCCCUUAGUACCCUGUGGGCAAAGAGAAGGAAGUAUUGAGACCCAAGAAAUGGGCCAGCUGGCAGAGGUGCAGCCCUUUCAAUACUGUCUUCUCAUUUAAGUCUGAAGAGAAAUGUCCCAGGACUUUCCUCUGAAAUUUCUUAAGGAUGCCCAUCCUCUGGAUGUACACUUCUUCUAACUUUAGCCCAGGAUUUCCCAGGGAGAAUCUGGAAACCUGUCUAGACCCACCCUACACUAGGUAAAGACAGGAGUUCUUCAGAGCACAGUGAGCAGGAUGACAGGCCCUACAUCUCACGUGUACUGAAGGGAUAUGGGCAGGUCACAGUUGACUUGUUGACCAUCCCUGCUCUAGCCUUAGACAUGAGAUUGCAGUUCUCCCAGAGAAUGCCAGAGGAAUAUCAGGAUGCAUGCUCAACAUUUAGAAAAUUAUUUAUCUAAGCCAUGCUUGACACUUAGAAAAUUAUUUAUCUAAGCCAUGCUUGACCUUGGCUUGCAGACAGGCUUCCAACCCUGUCUAUAGGAACCUGGAGUCCACUUCCAAGACCCUGCUGUUACUUGUUUCUGAGAAUACCCCUCAGUCUGGGGAUCCUGAAAGUCUGCUCACUCCUGGCAUCUCCCAUGAGGGAAGACAGAACUGCUGAUGGGGAGUUGUUAUGGUAAAUCUCUCCAACCCAAUUAUGCCCUGGCAAUGAAAAUACAACACAAUUAAUAUGAACACAUGCUGUGUGCCUAGAUUGGGCAGAUCUACCACUACACUACCAUCUUCUCCAUCUAAGAGACCCCUUAGAACUUGCAGUUUCUCCAGGCCUUGUGCUUCUGCUCUGCUUUUCUUCUUCCUCCUCCUCCUCUGCAUUCUUUCUCUCUCAAACCUCCUUCUUUUCUUUCUUUCUGCUCCACCUUCCCUCUCUCUGCCCAAUCAUCAGCUCUCCUUUAUUUUCCAAAUUAGAUGGGAAGAAGGUUUACAAGAAAACACCUGAGUGCUGACUCAUUCCUUGUUCACAAUCCCUCACAGGAGAAUGAAAUUGAUAUCAAAUAUAAUUAGCCCCAGAGCUAUCCACAACAGGGAGUCAUCCAGACAACGGGCAUAGGUGACCCAGGAAGACCAGAGAGAAUCUAGGCUUACCCGACACACAGCUUAGCCAACCUAUAAUGCUAGAAUGUUGUUUUGAAACUUCCCAUAGGAGUAGGCACCCAUAGUCCUCUCCAGAACACACAGGCCACCUCUUCCCAACACCCAGGACAUGAAAUUCCUCAUACAACUUUUUCUGGGUCUUUCUCCUGGAUCAGGAAAUUGACUGGUGACUGUGAUAAAGGAUUAAUCUUUCCUAGUCAUUACUCAGCUGGUCCUUUUAGAGCCCACAUAGGCAUCUCUGUCAUCUUCCUGCUGGGAAAUCCCACCUUCCCAGAGCACUGAGGACACAUGGCAGACUGGGUGCUCAGCUGAGUCUCUGUGUCACAGGGACACAUAGACAGAAUGGAGGCUCCCUCUUUGAUGCUGACAGACUCAAGGUCAGGAGUCAGCAGAUGUCGGCCCUGGGAUGAGCCAUUUUUUCUCUGAGGGCACAGGGAUGCUUAUCAGCUUUGUUGCUCAAUGUGUUGGUUGAGGAGAAAGAUAAAGAGAGAAAAGUUGGAGGGAUGCAGGGCAGCACUGAGAGUGGAAGGAACCAAGCAGUGCCUUGGAGACAGACCCCACCACUCAUAGCCCAUUAGAUUCUGGGAAGUGCUCCUGUCUGAGAAGAAACUCCGCUCAGAACGAGGAAGGACAGGAGAGCCUGAGAGCUGCACUGGAGCUGAAGGUCUCCUCAGAGCAAGGACAUGACAGUGAGAAGACAGAUGGAGGUGUUCUCUGUGCUUCCCUGCAAGGGGUGUACCCCCUGGCAGGGCCUCCUGCUCGCAGCCUCCCUUUUAGCCUGCUGGCUCCUGUCCACCACUGCCCAGGUCACCAUUGAAUCAGUGCCUUUCAAUGUGGUUGAAGGAGAAAAUGUCCUUCUUCGUGUUGACAAUCUGCCAGAGAAUCUUAUAACCUUAGCCUGGUACAGAGGGCUGAGGAAAAUUGUUGUAUACACACUGAACACUAAAGUAAGUGUGAUGGGGCAAAUGUACAGUGGUAGAGAGAUAGUGUCCAGCAACGGGUCCCUGUGGAUCCACAAUGUCACCCGGAAGGACACAGGACUCUACACCCUACGGACCGUAAAUAGACGUGGAGAAAUUGUAUCAACAUCAUUCACGUUCCUCUACGUGUACACCUCUCUUUUCAUCUGUGGGCGCCCUUCCUUCCCUGCCAAGCUCACUAUUGAAUCAGUGCCGCCCAGCGUUGCUGAAGGGGGAAGCGUUCUUCUCCGUGUUCACAACCUCCAGGAUAAGCUUCGAGGGCUUUCCUGGUACAAAGGGGCACAUGUGUCUAGGAACCUUGAGAUUGCCCGACAGAUAAUAGCCAAGAAUUCAAGUGUGCCAGGCCCUGCCCACAGUGGUAGAGAGACAGUGUACAGCAAUGGAUCCCUGCUGCUCCAGAAUGUCACCCGGAAUGACACCGGAUUCUACACCCUACAAACUCUGAGUAGACAUCGGAAAAUGGAAUUAGCACAUGUGCAACUUCAGGUGGACACCUCCCUUUCUUCAUGCUGUGACACUCUUGACUCUACCCAACUCAUCAUCGAUCCAAUGCCACGGUAUGCUGCAGAAGGGGAAAGCAUCCUUCUCCGUGUUCUUAAUCUGCCUGAAGAUUUCCAAGUUUUUUGCUGGUACAAAGGAGCAUUGAUCUUCCAGAUCUUUAAAAUUGCAGAAUAUAGCAGAGCCAGGAACUCCAUCACCAAGGGGCCUGCUCAAAGCAGAACAGAGAGAGUGUACACCAAUGGAUCUCUCCUGCUCCAGGAUGUCACUGAGAAAGACACGGGCUUGUAUACACUACAAACGAUAGACAGAAAUUUCAAAAUUGAAAAAGCACACGUGCAAAUCCAAGUGAACAAGCCUGUGACACAGCCCUUCAUGAGAGUCACAGACAGCACAGUUAGAGUACAGAGCUCAGUGGUCUUCACUUGCUUCUCAGACAACACUGGGGUCUCCAUCCAUUGGCUCUUCAACAAUCAGAGUCUGCAGCUCACAGAGAGGAUCACACUUUCCCCAUCAAAAUGCCAACUACGUAUAAAUCCUGUCAGGAAAGAGGAUGGUGGAGAGUAUCAAUGUGAGGUCUUCAACCUUGCCAGCUCGAAAUCCAGUCUCCCAGUCAGCCUGGCCGUGAUGAAUGAGUGACCCCUCUUCUCAUCCUACAGCAGGGGGAGGCAUUCCUUUGUUAAUAGGGUACAAAAUGGAUGAAAGUUACAUAGUAAAAAUUGUCAGUCACCAGUCAUGUACCACCAGCAUGGUGGCUCAUGCCUGUAGUUCUGACAUAGCAGUGUGUAGAAGAACAGGCCAUCAUUUUAAGUGAGACUUGGGGUCCAAAGGAAAAUAAAGACAUCAGUAUGGUAAACAGUAUUGCAAAUGUGUUAAGAGUUUAGGUUGUGGAUCUAGUAUAUCACUAGCCCUGAGAAUCCAUGGCAACUAGGUUCAGGAGUCCCCAAACUUCAGGAUUCUCUGAGUGCCCUUUUAACAUGGUACAGUGUCUGCACCGAGACAAAUAUGCUCUCAUAUACUCCAAUAGUGACACCUAACCCCAAAGCUACCUGGACAUCAGUCACCCAUGGGAAGUGAGGAAGUGACAGAAGGGACUGCCCAUAUUUCUCAGUGCACAUAACUGGCUACUAGAUAGUUUUGAUUCACAGUUUUUUUGAUGCACAGAAUUGAAAUAUUUUUGUGUAAAGGACAACUGGAGUGUUUCUAUCCCAAGGGUGGCAGUCACAGUGUGACCUUGUACACAAUUCUUUGUCAUAUAAAUAUACAUAAUAUAGAUGAUAUAUAUAAAUAUAUAAUAUAUCCAACUCUAUACAAUGU